AUGGAAGGAGCUGACUACGAAGUGCUAUCCGUGCGAGAGCAGCUAUUCCACGAGCGGGUCCGCGAGUGCAUUAUCUCAACACUGCUGUUUGCGACUCUCUACAUCCUCUGUCACAUCGCCCUGACCCGCUUCAAGAAGCCUGCUGAGUUUACCACAGUAGAUGAAGAAGAUGCCACAGUCAACAAGAUUGCGCUCGAGCUGUGCACCUUCACCCUGGCAGUCGCCCUGGGUGCUGUCCUGCUCCUGCCCUUCUCUAUCAUCAGCAACGAGGUGCUGCUCUCACUCCCUCGGAACUACUACAUCCAGUGGCUCAACGGCUCCCUCAUCCAUGGCCUCUGGAACCUUGUUUUUCUCUUCUCCAACUUGUCCCUCAUCUUCCUCAUGCCCUUUGCAUACUUCUUCACUGAAUCUGAGGGCUUUGCUGGCUCCAGAAAGGGUGUCCUGGCCCGGGUCUAUGAAACGGUGGUGAUGCUGAUGCUCCUCACUCUGCUGGUGCUAGGGAUGGUGUGGGUAGCCUCUGCCAUUGUGGACAACAACAAGGCCAGCAGGGAGUCCCUCUAUGACUUCUGGGAGUACUAUCUCCCCUACCUCUACUCCUGUAUCUCCUUCCUCGGGGUCCUGCUGCUCCUGGUGUGUACUCCACUGGGUCUCGCCCGCAUGUUCUCGGUCACUGGGAAGCUGCUGGUCAAGCCCCGGCUCCUGGAGGACCUGGAGGAGCAGCUGCACUGCUCAGCCUUUGAGGAAGCAGCUUUGACCCGCAGGAUUUGCAAUCCCACCUCCUGCUGGCUGCCCCUGGACAUGGAACUGCUGCACAGACAGGUCCUGGCUCUGCAGACACAGAGGGUCUUGCUGGAGAAGCGGCGGAAGGCUUCAGCCUGGCAGCGGAACCUGGGCUACCCCCUGGCCAUGCUGUGCUUGCUGGUGCUGACGGGCCUGUCUGUGCUCAUUGUGGCCAUCCACAUCCUGGAGCUGCUCAUUGACGAGGCUGCCAUGCCCCGGGGCAUGCAGGGUGCCUCCCUGGGCCAGGUCUCCUUCUCCAAGCUGGGCUCCUUUGGUGCCGUCAUUCAGGUCGUCCUUAUCUUUUACCUGAUGGUCUCCUCGGUCGUGGGCUUCUAUAGCUCUCCACUGUUCCGGGGACUGCGGCCCAGAUGGCAUGACACGGCCAUGACGCAGAUAAUUGGGAACUGUGUCUGUCUCCUGGUUCUAAGCUCAGCACUUCCUGUCUUCUCUCGAACCCUGGGGCUCACUCGCUUUGACCUGCUGGGUGACUUUGGACGCUUCAACUGGCUGGGCAAUUUCUACAUCGUGUUCCUCUACAAUGCGGCCUUUGCGGGCCUCACCACUCUCUGUCUGGUAAAGACCUUCACGGCAGCUGUGCGGGCAGAGCUGAUCCGGGCCUUUGGGCUGGACAGACUACCGUUGCCUGUCUCUGGUUUCCCCCGGGUGUCUAAGAAGACCCAGCACCAGUGA